AUGUCGGACGAUCCUUUUCUCCAAGUCCAGUCCGAAGUCCUCAACACCCUCCAAACAACCCGCCCCCUCUACGCCUCCUUCCUCCGCAUCCGCUCCCUGACCACCUCGUCCUCCAACCCGGAACUGCAACAAUCGCGCACCGAGCUCGAAUCCACACUGACCGACCUGCGCGCCGACCUGGCCGAUCUGGUCGAGUCUGUGCGCGCCGUCGAACUCGAUCCUUAUCGCUAUGGCCUCGAGCUUGACGAAGUCGAGCGCCGGCGCAAGUUUGUCGCCGAGGUGGGCGGCGAAAUCGAGUCGAUGGCGGGUGAGAUGGCGAAAUCGGUUGUUGAGCAGCAGCAGCAAGAACAUGAACAACAACAACAAAGGAAAAAUCAGUCGUUGCCGAAUCCGGCAGAGUUUGAUACGGAUGAUGAUAAUAAUAACAACGAGAGAGGCGACUACUACUCGGCGUACGAAGAGCAGCGGCAGGUCGAGAUGAUGUCGAACCAGAACGAGCAGCUAGACGGCGUGUUUCGCACAGUCGGAACGCUGCGGCAGCAGGCUGAUACGAUGGGCAGGGAGUUGGAGGAUCAGACUGUCUUGCUGGACGAUGUUGAUUUCCUGGCCGACAGGGUGGGCGGCAAGCUGGCCAGUGGGAUGAAGAGGAUAGGGACGAUUGUGAAGAAGAACGAGGAUACGUAUUCGUCCUGCUGCAUUGCAGUUCUCAUAACCGUGCUCAUCCUCUUAUUAAUUUUGGUGAUUGCAUUGUGA